AUGCACACAUUCAAAUAAGUACACGGUGCAUAUAACCAUUUAGCCUUUAUCUCGGAAACAUUCAAAAUUAUUUAAUGCUUUUUUGGGAGAAAACCGAACUCAAUUCAACCCAUUCAGACAGGCAACCAUUGUAACACAUGUAAAACAAUUGUACGAUCGAGAAAUUCAGGUAAAGAAUCUCAGCCGGAAGUGGGUUGAUCUCCAGCGGUUCCAAUCAAUCAGGUGACCGGAAAUGACUGUUCAGCAGGAACAUGGCGGAGGAGCAACAGCAGGAGAUCUCUCAAAAAGAGACUGAUGGGCUGAAUUGUCUUGCACAUGAUGAAGCUAUUAUUGCACAGCAAGAUAAAAUUCAACAAGAGAUAUCGACCAGUAUUCCUCUGGUGUCAGAAAGACAGGAAUUUUCUGUCCUUAAGCGAGAGUAUGCUGACGAUGACACCAUUUACCAGCAGAAGAUAAGAGACUUGCAGAAGAAGUACUCAUCUAUACGCAAAACACGGCCAGAUGGGAACUGCUUCUACAGAGCCUUUGGUUUCUCACAUCUGGAGUCUUUACUUGAAAACAGCAAAGAAUUACAUAGGUUCAAGGCUAUAGCUGCCAAGAGUAAACUGGAUCUUGUGAGCCAAGGUUUCACAGAAUUCACCAUUGAAGAUUUUCACAACACAGUAAGUCUUUAGAUGAGUGUGAACUAAUGUUUCUGGCAUGUUUUACAUUUGGCAACGAUUCUUUUAACGCUUACUGAUGCAGCGUGUAGCGUUUCAUUUCAGAAGAUGUACCCAUAUCCAUAUUCCAGGAUGACAAUGACAAGAUUCAUUGGGCUCAAAUUGUGAAAUAGUGGUUCAGCGAGCAUGAGGAAUCAUUUUCACACAUGAAUUGGUCACCAUAGAGUCUUGGCCUUAACCCCACUGAAAGUCUUUGGGAUGUGAUGGAGACAGCUUUAAAGAAGGGUUUGAGUCUCCCAUCGUCAAUACAAGAUCUUGGCCAAAAAUUAAUGCAACUCUUGAUGGAAUUAAUUGUUGUGAUGUCGCAUAAUGUUGUUGAAACAAUGCCACAACGAAAGCACAUCCCAAAGACUUCAAAUAGGGUUUAGGUCAGGACUCUGUGAUGGCCAAUCUUUCACAACUUGAGCCUAAUGAAUUUUGUCAUUGUCAUCCUGGAAUAUGUACAUGGGUACUUCUUCCGACAUAGUUGUUUAAGUAAUAAAA